CCUGGUUUCUUCGGAUCAGAAAAGAGGAAUACAAAUACAGUGGUUCUUUUCAAGAAGCCAUCAAGCCAGUCCUCAUCAUCGCCCAAAUCUUCGCUUUAAUGCCAGUUCGCGGAAUCGGUUCCAAAUUCGCUGAUGAUCUGACCUUCACUUGGUUCGGUAUUCGAACCUAUUAUGCCCUGGUCACCAUCCUAUGUUUUGGAAUAACCUCCGGCUAUUUGGUGGCCUAUGUGACGAAUGUAUCAUUCAAUUUCGAUUCCGUGGAAUCUCUGGUCUUCUAUUUAUCCAUUUUCCUAAUCUCGUUUUCAUUCUUGCAAUUGGCCAGGAAGUGGCCUAGAAUUGCUCAGGAGUGGCAGUUGGUGGAGGCUAAGUUACCACCUCUUAAAUUUCCCAAGGAAAGCAAAUCUCUGGCCCAGCAGAUCAAGAUAAUCACCUUUGUGGCUACCACUUGUUCUUUGGUGGAACACAUAAUGAGCAUGCUGUCUACGGGCUACUAUGUGAACGACUGUCCUCGGUUUCCGGGUCAUCCCAUCGACAGUUUCCUGUACUUAAACUACUCAUCGGUGUUUUAUUUUGUGGACUACACCCAUUUCCUGGGGCUCCUGGGCAAGGUGGUCAAUGUCUUGAGUACCUUUGCCUGGAACUUUAAUGAUAUCUUUGUGAUGGCUGUUAGUGUGGCUUUAGCUGCUCGUUUUCGGCAGCUAAAUGAUUACAUGAUGAGGGAGGCCAGAUUGGUAAGGCCUUUGUUUAGAUAACCCACUAGUGUAGACCAUUGGAUGCAGUGCAGGAUUAACUUUCGGAAUCUUUGUAAAUUGUGCGAGGAGGUGGACGAUGCCAUAUCCACCAUUACUUUACUUUGCUUCACCAACAAUCUGUAUUUUAUUUGUGGAAAAAUCCUCAAGAGCAUGCAGGCCAAACCUUCGAUAAUGCAUACCCUGUACUUCUGGUUUUCCCUAGCCUAUCUACUUGGUCGUACUCUCAUCUUAUUGCUUUAUAGCUCCAGUAUCAAUGAUGAAUCGAAGCGACCUUUGGUCAUCUUUCGAGUGGUUCCCAGGGAAUAUUGGUGCGAUGAGCUUAAACGAUUUUCGGAAGAAGUUCAGAUGGACAAUGUGGCUCUGACAGGCAUGAAGUUCUUUCGUCUCACACGCGGCGUUGUCAUUUCGGUGGCUGGCACAAUCGUGACCUAUGAAUUAAUUUUGCUGCAGUUCAACGGCGCUGAAAAGAUAAGUGCAAAACAACAGGUUUUGCCUUUGCGAGUGGAAUCAGCAGGUCGCAGGAUGAAGUUCCUGCCCAAGAUGGGGCGCAAAUUGCGCCGGUUGAAAACGAAGGUCAGGAAACUGGAUUUGGUUCACGAAAGUGCCCGGAAGAAAGCCUUACAAGAAAGUUGCGAAACCUACAAAAAUCAUAUGGACAAUGAGUUUGAAGUGCCGAUUAAAAUUCCGAAGCUAUCGCGAAGCACCAAGGAGGCAUUCCUCAGCGAUGGAAGCUUCCACCAGGCAGUGGGCAGGGUGCUCAUCGUGGCCGAGUUCUUCGCCAUGAUGCCAGUUAAGGGAGUGACGGGUAAACAUCCAUCGAAUCUGAGCUUCUCGUGGCGUAGCAUUCGCACCUGCUUCUCUCUGCUUUUCAUCGCCUCGAGCUUGGCCAACUUUGGACUAUCGUUGUUUAAGGUCCUAAACAACCCAAUUAGUUUCAACAGUGUUAAGCCCAUUAUAUUCCGGGGAUCUGUUCUGCUGGUGCUGAUGGUGGCUCUGAAUCUGGCCAGGCAGUGGCCCCAGCUAAUGAUGUACUGGCACACGGUGGAGAAGGAUCUGCCGCAGUAUAAGACACAGUUGGCCAAGUGGAAGAUGGGUCACACCAUUUCAAUGGUUAUGCUGGUGGGAAUGAUGCUGUCUUUUGCGGAGCACAUUCUGAGCAUGGUAUCGGCCAUAAACUAUGCCUCGUUCUGCAACCGCACCGCCGAUCCCAUCCAGAAUUACUUUCUACGCACCAACGACGAGAUCUUCUUUGUGGCCAGCUACUCCGCUCCUCUGGCUGUGUGGGGCAAGUUCCAGAAUGUCUAUUCGACCUUCAUAUGGAACUAUAUGGACAUGUUUGUGAUGAUGGUCAGCAUUGGAUUGGCCUCCAAGUUUCAACAGCUCAACGAUGAUUUGCGAAAUUUUAAGGGAAUGAACAUGGCACCCACUUACUGGUCGGAACGUCGCAUUCAAUAUAGGAAUAUAUGCAUUCUAUGCGAAAAAAUGGACAAUGCCAUUUCCCUUAUAACAAUGGUAUCCUUUUCCAAUAACUUGUAUUUCAUUUGUGUGCAGUUGCUGCGCAGCUUAAACACCAUGCCCUCGGUGGCACAUGCUGUGUACUUCUAUUUCUCACUCAUCUUUCUCAUCGGUCGCACUUUGGCGGUUUCAUUGUACUCCGCCAGCGUUCAUGACGAAUCCCGGUUGACUUUGAGGUAUCUGCGUUGUGUUCCCAAAGAAUCCUGGUGUCCGGAGGUGAAGAGAUUUUCGGAGGAGGUAAUCAGCGAUGUGGUGGCCUUGAGUGGCAUGAAGUUUUUCCACCUCACAAGAAACCUGGUGUUGAGUGUUGCUGGCACCAUUGUCACCUACGAGCUCGUACUCAUCCAAUUUCAUGAGGACAACGAUUUGUGGGACUGCAAUCAGAGCUAUUACUCAUAAGAUUUAUUGCAUAAUAAAUAAAAAAUCAUCUUGCACUUUAUUAUUAUUGUUUGUUUAAAGCGGUAAAAGGAAACCAACAAAAUGUCGCUCUUAAUAUCAAUCGGUUACAUUGCCUAAUU